AUGACCGCCGAAGGCGAGGCGUCAAUGCACUACACGACGGACGACGCGCUCUCGCUCCUCGGCUUCGGCCGGUUCCAGACCCUCGUGCUAGCUUACUCCGGCCUUGGCUGGGUCGCGGAGGCGUUCGAGAUCAUGCUGCUCUCCUUCGUGGGGCCGGCCGUGGAGGCGGAUUGGGGGAUAUCAGGAGCGGAGCAGGGCCUCAUCAGCAGCGCCGUCUUCGCAGGGAUGCUCAUCGGGUCCAUCGCCGGAGGCCUCAUCGCGGACAGAUACGGCAGGAGGACCGGUUUCCUUUUCACUGCAGUAGUCACUGGCAUAUUUGGUUUGCUUAGCGCCUUCUCGCCCAACUACACAUCCUUGCUCACCCUUCGCUUUGUUGUUGGUCUGGGAUUGGGUGCUGGCCAUGUGCUAUCUACUUGGUUCAUAGAGUUUGUCCCUGCUGCCAAAAGAGGUACCUGGAUGGUGGUUUUCCAUGUUUGUUGGACUGUGGGAACAAUAUUGGAGGCUCUUCUUGCAUGGGCUGUCAUGCCAGUACUUGGAUGGAGGUGGUUGCUUGCAUUGUCCUCAGCACCAUGCUUUGGCCUUCUCAUUUUCUUCCCUCUAACACCUGAAUCACCAAGGUAUCUUUGCUCGAGAGGUAGAACUAUGGAUGCUACAGUCAUCUUGGAAAGAAUAGCAAGGAUGAACAAAGGGACUCUCCCUCCUGGCGUACUAACUUACAGACCAGAAAAUCAUGUUGACAACAACCUUGGGACUCCUGAGACAGCACUUCUAAUUGUAGAAGAUAAUGCUGGCAUUGAAGAGGACAUAAGUUCCAAGUCCAGUGGCAUUGUUGCAUUUCAGGCACUUUGGUCAUAUGAUCUGAUAAGAUCAACCUUUCUUCUGUGGUUCAUCUAUCUUGCAAAUUAUUUUACUUAUUAUGGGGUAAUAUUGCUAACUUCUGAACUAAGCAAUGGUAGGAGGACGUGUGCAUCUGUAAGAACACAUUUGAUGCAACCAAACAGUGGUAAUCUUUAUAGAGAUGUGCUGGUGACCAGUUUGGCAGAGUUCCCAGGCCUGCUCUUGGCUGCUCUUCUAGUCGACAGGAUUGGUCGAAAAAGAUCUAUGGGAGGCAUGCUUUUGAUGUGCGGUGCUUUCCUGGCACCUCUUUCUGUACAACUAGGGGAAGGCUUAGUAACUACCCUUCUAUUCUGCGCCCGGACUUGUAUCAUGGGUAGCUUUGCAGUUCUGUAUGUUUAUACACCUGAGCUCUACCCUGCAUCAUCUCGGAACACCGGUGUUGGGAUCACUUCUUCCCUUGGUCGGAUUGGCAGCAUAGUUUCACCUCUCGUUAUUGUUGGCUUGUUAGAGAGCUGCCGUCGGAAAGAAGCCGUGUUCGUGCUUGACCUGGUGCUCUUCCUUGCUGGAGUCACAUGUGCCCUCUUCCCUCGAGAGACCAAGGGAUGCCAAAUCCAAUGA